AAAAGCUUGUAAUAGUAAGAAUUUUUAUAAGUGAAAUGGCGAUUGGAACAAAUAUUUCGAAAGAACAAAUUAAAACAACAGCACAACAACCUCAACAAUCAAUAAUGAACCGAUUAUUCAAUUGGCUUCAACUAAGUUUGGUUAAUGUAUUUGGAUGGCUGUUUGCAGCGAGAGAACAACUACCACCACCACAAUCUGACAUGCAAACAGCGCGUAGACGUAUAUACGCCAAUGAUGGACCGGCGGUAAGAGCUAGAAAUGCUGGAUCCGUUACUAUGAAUACAAAUAUUGGCGAAGGAGAAAUUCGUAGCCGUAAUACACCUUUAUCACUACAUAACCUGGAACAAGAUGCAUCUGAUAUCUAUAUGAAUACAGGAGCGGUUUUAGAUGCUGAACGCAUUGAAUCACUUAAUACGACAACGAACAUUGGCAGACAAUCCAAUGAUCGCAGUAAUUAAAUGUAAUCCAU